UCAGAGGCCGCUCUCGGGUGCUCGCGCCGGGUCUUGCGGAAGCCGUGUCUUCAGCUCUGCAACGUGUAUCAUCAAGUGGAAGGCUUGAUACAAGUCGAGUACAAUGGGUCGCCGUAAAUCCAAAAGGAAGCCAAUGGCCAAGAAGAAGCUGACAGGGGACCUGGACACUCAGUUCACCUGUCCUUUCUGCAACCACGAGAAGUCCUGCGAUGUCAAAAUGGAGAGGAGCAGAAAUACGGGUAUAAUAUCAUGUACAGUCUGCCUGGAGGAGUUUCAGACCCCCAUCACGUAUCUGUCAGAGCCCGUUGAUGUCUACAGUGACUGGAUAGAUGCCUGCGAAUCAGCCAACCAGUAGCUUUCAGUGAGCUGGAGGCAUUUCAGCAGCAUUAGGACGACGGGCGUGCACUCUGCAUUUGGACUGACGUCAGUCAGGGGACAUUCGUGAGACUUUAAUUACAAAUCUACACAUUAACGGCUCUGUGAACAACAGUCUCCACUGUGACGUCCUCAUCUGCAAAACGCUGCCAACAUUUCUGAAUACUCUCCUUCCUCUGCAAGGCUUCAAACAACAGCUCCAGUUUUGAUUCUUGAGAUGUAUCUCACAAUUUGAUUUUCACACAUCCAGCGAGGCUGCGAGCUUUCAAAAUUACUUUAUUGACUAGAUGUCAAAGAUAUUUGAGCUGAAAGUUUUUUGAGUUGAGUAAAUCGAGAGAAAAUGCAUCCAGAUUGGUUUUUAGUGGCUGGGUGCGGUUGUCAAAACAAACGCAACUUAUCAUGAAGCAAGAGUGAAUCUCAGAGUAGUUACUUGAUGAGAAAGACAAAUGUAUGUGAUUAGAGGAAGAAGCACGAGGCAUUUACAAGCUGACAACAUGAAGUGCGCACGUUUUUCUUGACUUCUAACGGCCACAGCAGGAUGCAAUAAAAGGGAUAUUUUCACACAGACCUUUAAUGCACUUCUUGCGCUGGAUGUUAAUUCAUGCAUUUUAGAUCAGUGCACGAGGUCACACUUUGAUACUAUGGUAAUUACAAACAUCCAGCCUCUUGCUUUGCAGCUAUGCAACACUGUAAAAAGUGAUCCUACUGUAGAUUUACUAGAUUUUCACUCAUUGCUUCCUUAUUGGUGUGGUUUUUUUUUUUCUUCAGCUUUUUUGUUCAUAGAGUUUAGAUAUUAGAUUUAGAUCAAGAAAGUUAUUUUUUAUUAGUAUUCUCAUGUGUGCGGACAAAAGUAUUUGAUUUUCUUCCGUAGAGACCAGUGUUGGGAACUGUUUUCCUACAUGUACUUAAGUUUAAUCAGGGAAAUAAAAAAAUGAUUUGACAUUA